AUGGAUGAGCCUUUGUUAAAAGGGUUCUUAGAUUUCCGAUUAAAAGCAAACGAUUUGAAAGAUAGAGAUACAAAGCACUGUCAAUACAAAACUGAAUUGGAAAUCAUUAAAAAUUACCAUGGUGAAAAUUCUGAAAUUGGGGCAAAGAGAAUGUCUCACACAAUACCAGCUGGAGAAGAAACUGCCAAAGACGAGACGGAAUAUUACGAUGUCAUUUUUUUUAAUGAUAACAACAAAGAUGGUUUCUUAAGGACAUUGGACGAAAAUAUCAUAGAAAAGAUGCUUGACGAUAAAAUAGACACUAUUAUCUCACUGAGAGAAGAGGAUGAAGAGUUUUCCGUGACUGAAGUUAAUGCGAAGAACGAUUGGUCACACUUCAAGGGUGAUCGUAUGAAAAUCACCAAAAUAUUGAAAACCCUAACAAAUCGAUUUGCAGAACUAAAUCCAAGUUCUGAUAUCUCAUUGGUUAGGUUAUACGGAUUACAAGAAUAUUAUAUAUAUAAUGAAACCGGUAUUAAAAUUUCAUUUACCGAAAACAUGGAAGGAUAUGGCGAAAGCUCUUGUAAAUUAGUCCUUGUUAUCCGAAAGCACAAUAACCAUACAGGACUUCUUAUGGGCUAA